UGGGAUCCCUCUUCACUGGAUAGGGACCCUUUCCUGUCUAGGCAGGAUGGAACAGUGCACGUUGAAGCCAGAUGUGAAAAGAAAUCAACAGAAACAGCCUUUACCUCCACCGAAGCCUGCAAAGGAGGAAAAUAUCGGAUAUCUGUAUCAGCCAAAAAUGUCAUAAUGGUGCAUCAUGCCAACAGGAACUUGAUCCAGACAGAGACUAGAGGGAAACAAGCCAGAACUCCAGUGGUUCCAUCCAGAGUUAGACCCACUGCAAAGGAACCUAAUGUUAUGGCCAGAAACGGCAGUCGCAAGAGGACACAGGCAGAGCACAUAAAGGGCUCAACAGAAAUGGACAUUUCACCGAUUAAGGCCUCUGAUCCCCGAGAAGAUGAGACCGACUUCAAGCAGGACAAAUUUGGGGGUCUUGGUGGAAUGUUUCAGAAAUUACAAAAAGAGCCAACCCCUACCUUUACAAGCUACAUGACAGAUAAUGAGACGCUUGAAGAGCCCACCCCAGAAAAGGAGCAGUCCUCUGAGAACACCAUGAAGAGGCUGAGUCAGGCCAAACAAGACAAAGGAGGACUGAUGGGAGGAAUGUUCCAGAAAGCAACUAAAGACAAACUCUCUUCUCCUUCACUGACGGAGAAGGGAGGCAUCUUCAGUGGAAUGUUCAAGAAGUCUACCAAACCUGUGGAAGAACCACCUCAAACAGAAGAGGACCAGCAGUCACUACACAGUGAGCUCUCAGCCAGCAAUGACAGUCUCUCUGACAACAACAACCCUAAGGCAAAAGGAGGACUUUUCAGUGGAAUCCUCAAAAAAUCCCCCAAAGCUCCUCGAGAGGGCACACUUGCAGAGGCAUUACACGGUGAACAUUCAGGCAGCAAUGACAGUCUUUCUAAAAACAACAGUAAAGAGAAAGGAGGCAUAUUCAGUGGAAUGUUCAUAAAAUCCCCCAAGCCUGCUGCUGAUGCUUCUCAACCUGAGGGAAAAAAGGGGCUAUUCAGUGGAAUCCUUAAGAAGACCCCCAAAUCAUCUGGAGAUGAAACACCUGCGCAAGACAAUCUUGCAACAUGCAGUGAGCUCUCAGUCAGCAACAACAGCCUUUCUGAUACCAACAACACCACGGAGAAAGGAAGUUUUUUCAGUGGAAUGUUCAAGAAAUCUCCUAUUCCUGCCGAUGAAGGCUCUCAACAAGAAGAGGAGAGAGGUAAAUUCAGUGGAAUGUUCCAAAAAUCACCUAAACCUGCCGAUGAAGACUGUCAACCAGAAGAGGACAAGCGGUCAUUACACAGUGAGCUCUCAGCCAGUAAUGACAGUCUCUCUGACAACAGCAACCCUAAGGGUAAAGGUAUAUUCAGUGGAAUGUUCCAAAAGGCUCCUAAAACAGCUGAAGCCUCGCAACCAGAAGAGGGAAAAAAGGGGCUAUUCAGUGGAAUCCUUAAAAAGACCCCCAAAUCAUCUGGAGAUGAAACACCUGUGCAGGACAAUCUUGCAACAUGCAGUGAGCUCUCAGUCAGCAACAACAGCCUUUCUGAUACCAACAACACCACGGAGAAAGGAAGUUUAUUCAGUGGAAUGUUCAAGAAAUCUCCUAUUCCUGCCGAUGAAGGCUCUCAACAAGAAGAGGAGAGAGGUAAAUUCAGUGGAAUGUUCCAAAAAUCACCUAAACCUGCCGAUGAAGACUGUCAACCAGAAGAGGACAAGCGGUCAUUACACAGUGAGCUCUCAGCCAGUAAUGACAGUCUCUCUGACAACAGCAACCCUAAGGGUAAAGGUAUAUUCAGUGGAAUGUUCCAAAAGGCUCCUAAAACAGCUGAAGCCUCGCAACCAGAAGAGGAUUCAGAUUUGGGAACAGACUGUAAUGACAACCUCUCAGAAAGCAAGGAAAAAACAGGGAUUUUGGGACUCACUGGGAUUUUCAAAAGGUCUCCAAGACCAUCGCCAAAGCCAUCCCCACGCUUCACUGUUGAUAAGGACCCUCUCACUGAGUACAAGGAACUCUCCGCCAGCAAUGACAGCCUCUCAGACUUCACCACAAUUAAGGAAAAUCUCUCUGCACAAAGAGAACUCUCAGCCAGCAAUGGUAGUUUUUCCGACACUACAACCACCAGCAAAGAGAAAAAAGGAGGGUUUGCAGGAAUCUUCAGGAGAACUCCAAAACCUUUCGAGCAACAGGACAGUAUGGACACAGAGCCACCUGUGAGAGGUAGUCAGCUGAAGCGCCGGAGGACAAUCAAGAAGAAGAGACGGGUUGUGUCAUUCCAAGUGAAAAGAACUCUCCCGGGAUUCCAAAACGUACUGCUGCUCGGGACUCUGAUAAGGAGCCUAUCAUUGAGGAGGCUGUGGAGCUGCAAGGGCUGGCCCCACUGCAGGAGAGCACAGUGGAGAUCCAGCCUGUGGAGAUGGCAGCAUACCCCACUGAUGGAGUCAACCUCUUGGAGUCUGAAGAGGAGAGCGACGGCCUGUUGGACUGGUGGAGAUCAGUCGAAGGUUGGGAGCAAUGGAAUGAAACAUCCCAUUUCCAAGAGGAUGAAGCAGAUAUGGCGGUGGAGCAGGUGGCUGACCGUGUGUUCAUGGCGGCUCGGCUGUUUGUGCGUCUCUUCAACCAGCGGGGAGCGUCACUGCAGGGCCGUAUCCUGGAGCUGCUGGCCCAGGCCGACGCUGCCGACCAGUUCCACAAGAGGACGGUGACGGCCGCUGUAGGGGGUGGCGUGGCCAGCGUGUGUGGCAGUGUGGCCACCAUCACCGGCCUCAUCCUUGCCCCCUUCACCUUCGGAGCCUCCAUCAUCGUCACCGCUGUAGGCAUCUCCGUGGCGACCGCUGGAAGCAUCGCCUCGGCA